GCUUUCAAUAAUUUCCAUGGCUGAAAUAACAUCAACUCAACCUAAAUUGAAUGUCCCCCCAGUUGAGAACAUUACUUCUUCUCAGCACAGUGCAGAUCUUUUUUCUGCUUCGGAUCAUAACAUACCCACGGUUGAUUACUCUCUACUAUUUUCUGAUAACCCUGUUCAACGAUUUCUUGCCCUAGAAAACCUUCGCCAAGCAUGUCAAGAAUAUGGCUUUUUCUAUUUGGUAAACCACACCAUCCCAGAUGAAGUGUUGGACGCUACUCUAAAGGGGUUUUCUGAUUUCUUUGAUCCAAAAACCAUACAUGAAAGAAGGGUCUUCUGCAAAAGUGGUCCAUCUGAUAAAAUUCGAUGGGACGUAAACUCGUCUGCUGGAGAAAAUAGGGAAUAUCUCAAAGUUAUCGCACAUCCCCAGUUCCAUGCUCCUUCUAAUCCAUCAGGAAUUAGAAAAAUUUUAGAAGAAUAUCACAAAGAAAUGAGGAAUAUAGUAGCAGGGUUGGGAAGAUCAGUGUCCAGAACAUUAGGGUUUGAAGAAGACUACAUAGAGAAGGAGUUCAACCUGAAGUCAGGGUUUGAUGUGAUGGCUAUGAAUCUUUAUCCACCAAAUUUUAGGUCAAAGGGAGAGAUUGGUAUCCCUGAACACACUGACCCUGGUUUUGUGGUAACCCUAGUGCAAGAUGUAGAUGGUGGACUCCAAAUACUAUCCCAUCAAGGAAAGUGGAUCAAUGUUUAUAUACCCCAUCAUGCCAUACUCAUCCAACUUGGUGAUCAUCUUGAGGUCUUAACCAAUGGAAAGUAUAAGAGUCACAUCCAUCGAGUUAUUGUCAAGAAAAAUAAGGUGCCAAGGAUCUCUGUGGUCACCCUUCAUGGACCUCAGUUGGAGAAAUUCAUCAGCCCGGGCGUAGAUUUUGUUGAUGAAGAACAUCCACAAAGAUACCAUGGGAUGACCUAUAAAGAAUCAUUGGAAGCAAAUGGGGGUGAUGAGAUAGAUGUGCAGUCCUCCCUUCACAAAAUUAGAUUUUUGUGAAACUUUAAUGAAUAUCAGAAACAAUUAAUGAACACUUAUU